AUGUCCAAGAAUUGUGAAAAAUCCAAAAAAUUAAAGAAGCACACGGAGAUUUCGAAAGCCGAAAAAGAUGAGCAGGAUUUUGAUUCCUGGCUCUGGGGACAAAUGUUUUAUUCGGAUUGUUACAUGAGAAAUUUCGAAGAACAAAAAAAAAUCUACCUGACAUACAAGGAGCUGAAGGAGAAGGGAAGAUUGGAGGAGUUCAAAUAUGAAAGAGCAGGAAACUCUGGAGAUCUUACACUUCUGGAGCCUGAAAUGGAGAAAAUCAGAAUCGCCGAGGAGGGUGCAAAGAAAGCUGAAGCUGUAGAAAAAGAAAAAGAAGAAGCAUGGGAUUCUAAAGAUCGACGGCCAUGGGAAACUGAUAAGGAGUUCCGGAGACGAAUUCAUCACCCGUAUUCUGAUUCAUCAGCGUCUGAUGAUUGA